AUGUCUUCAGGUUCCUCAUCGUCCCCGACAACCCGCUCGCGCACCCUCCUCUUCAUCUCCUACAGAGACUCUCGCGCCGGCUCUUCUCGCUUCCGCCGCUCGCGCGUCGUCACAAACUACGACGACACCCUCAAUGACGACGACGAGCAGGACCACCUCAUCCGCCACGACGCUCGACACGUAUCCAUAGACAUAGACUUGCCGCCCAAAUGGGUGGACGUGGCCGACCAAGUGGAGGAGAUUCUUGCCGGCACCCUGGCUAAAAUCACUGCCCUCGACAGACUCCAUGCGAAACAUGUCCUCCCCGGCUUCUCGGACCGAUCUGCAGAGGAGAGAGAGAUUGAGACCGCAACCACAGACAUCACCAAAGACUUCCGCCAGUGUCAUUCUCUCAUCCAACGCAUCGGUGCGACGCCCAGUCAUCCUUUCCCCCCUGCCCAUCCCGCCCACCAUGAGGACCUUGCCGCAAAGAACGUGCAACGCGGCCUCGCAGCCAAGGUGCAGGAACUCAGCACGACGUUUCGGAAGAAACAGCGUGUGUACAUGGAAAAACUGCAAGGCCAUGCGAUCAAGAACCAGGAUCUGCUCAUCGCUUCGGGGGCGAUCUCCUCGAGAGGCUCGGAAGGGCUGUCUGCUGUUGAUGAGGAUGUCGAGGCCGCUGCUGCCUCCCGCAACCAAGCAGCAAUGGCGCAAGACAUGAUGUCGGGCGACAUGGAUCUGCGGCGGCGUGACCAGGAAUUGACGAAGAUUGCCCAGUCAAUUGCAUCGCUGGCAGAACUAUUCAAAGACCUGUCGGUGAUGGUCAUCGACCAGGGCACGUUGCUCGAUAGCAUUGAGUACAACAUCGAGCAGACCGCAGUCGAGAUGGAAGACGCCGUGCGGGAGCUGGAUGUGGCCACGAGGUACCAGAAGAACACGGGGCGGAGGAAGUGUAUAUUCCUGUUGCUGCUGAUCAUCUUUGGUCUUAUCAUCGCGCUCAUCUUCAAGCCGCGACGACAUUCCUCAUCGGACCCAUCGCCGCCACCAUCAGGGUCGAUAUCGACCGUUACAGAGACAGUUGUGCCGAGUGCGGGAGCGGAGCUGGUUCGAGCGGCGGUGCGGCUGCGUUGGAAGCUUACGUUUUCCGUUCCAGUAAUGCCAUGGUCAGCCCGUGGAGGAUUGGUUUUCAAUCAUGCUCUGAGUGGUGCAGACAGCGCGUACAUGACCCAGCGCGGGGUGAACCAUGCAAACUCCUUGUUGAUGUUCUCGCUGUACUCGGACAACAGGUGA